AUGCGGACUGGUGCGCGUCACCUAUCAUUCAAGUCGGAGACGAUCAAAUCCCUCGAUGCGAGAAAUGUUAAGCCACAGCUCACGCUCGAUUCAAGACGGCAGAUUGGCCUGGCCCUGUACUUUCUGUACCAAAAGGCGAAGAAUAUGGGAGUGAUAAGAGCAAGGAUGAUCAAGGAGCUCGGUCGGCUACAAUUUCAACUUCUGAUUCGGCUCAUGCGAAUCGGGGCAUCAUUACUGCGCUUUUAUCGGAUGAAUUCCGCCUUGCUGUUCUCCACGCGGUCGGAGACAAAGGCAAAUCGUAUCCCAUACAUGUGGACUUGGAGCCAUACAAGGAUACGCACUUCUCUGACUAUGAUGCCGUGUCAUACACAUGGGGCGAUGACAAUGGCAACUCCGAACGAUGUCAUCCAAUUUACGUUGGUCAUCACUGGGACAUCGUCUUUCAAACCAAAAACUGUUGCGACGUGCUCAGAUAUCUGCGACCAUCUCGAGGCUUGA